AUGGUAGGCAAUUUGGCAAUUUCUGAAGAUAACCGCAACAUUUUCUUCGAUGCGAACGAAUCUAUCAGGACAAUGCAAGUGUUCCAUGCUAGCAGGUCAACUUCCGCAUGGUUGCAGCGACAGAAAGUUGAGGUUAUGGCGUGGCCUGCGUGCAGUCCUGAUCUGAACCCAAUGGAGAACCUUUGGGGAAUAAUUGUGCGACGAGUUUAUGCCAACAGCAGGCAGUUUUCCACCAUCGACGAGCUGCGAACCUAA